UCAGUGGCCCUUGCAUAUAGCAUGCAGCGCACCCUGUUCCAUAGGCCGACACGUUUCAUGUCAUGAAUUAUUGAAAUACAAGCAUCGAUCCGUAUUAUUGUACUGCUGGCUUGUGUGGAUAGUUCGCUUUUUUGCCCUUUAAGAAAAGCUUCUCAACACAUGCAAUGCUUAAGCUUCAAUAGAAAGCCAGCAGAACUCGCAUUGAGCUGGAUUCCCAUUGAGGUAACACUAUAGAUCCGGAGGACUAUUCGAGAUAAUAAGAUGGAGAAGCUGAGGCAGAAAUUACUCGAAAACAACCUGAACGACUACAUCAAAGUUUCAAGAAAGUUUAAGGACAUGGAUGAGAACCGAAGCGGAAUUCUGGAUUUGGGUGAGCUGAAGAAAGGAUUGCGCGCCCUCGGUCUGUCUGAAGACGCCAUGUCGGAUGAGGAACUCAAGGAUGUCUUUAAGACACUGGACAAGGAUGGGUCCGGAAAUCUCAAUCUUGUAGAAUUCAUGGAUGCAUUAACGCCUCCUUUGUCGCCGGAAAGAAAAGGAAUACUGGUCCAAAUCUUCUUUAAGGUGGAGAAGACCGGAGAUGGAGCGAUAAGUCCGGCCGAUCUGACGCGGUUCUACAUCGCCAAGUAUCACCCCGCCGUCUUGGCCGGAGACAAGACCGAAGACGACAUCAAGACGGAGUUCCUCAACAAUUUCGAGAUCGAUAAAGAUAACAGAGAUGGGAAGGUGACACUUGAGGAAUUCGUGAAAUACUACGCGGGAAUCAGCCAGAAAUGCGAUUCGGAUGAGGAGUUUGCAGAAAUGGUCAAGAACACGUGGGACUUGUAUUAAAUUAUGGCUAGAAGAUUGUGGAGAAGAGGGACAUUUUGCCCACCUUCCGGUCAAGUGAAAGUUAAGCAUACAUUUUCUGGUGACCGCGCGCGAUUUUGUUCAGUUUUCGAAUACUAAAUUCAGAGUAAUUUUUCUCUGCUGCAAGUUUCACUCUUUUGGAAAUAAGAGAGUUUUUCCACGUAAAUCACCCGGAUUAAGAUAGGCCUAU